GCAGCCGAGAGUGGUCAGCUGACCAACGCGGAAGUGAGAAAACAGUAAGAAGCGUCGCAAUGCCGGUUCGAUACCGUUCGUGACAAAUACGUGUCUUUCUGGUGCCUUUUGCCCACACACGACAACAUGGUUCGGUGUUUCCUGAUUCACACCGUGUGUCCGGUCAGCGCUCUGUCCGCCGGGGAGAGCAGGGUCCUUUACUCCCGGGUUUUCGGUCCAGACGAAGGGAUCCCGACCGAGCGGCACCGGGAGCUCAGCCCGGAGGAGAGACGACUUCUGCAGAGGGAGAAGGCAGCGGUAGUGGCAAGGCAGGUGAGGAGCGCUGUCUGUCUGUCCCGGGAGGCUUCAGACCAGCUGCUGGUGGAGACGGUGCCGGGCGAGGAGGCUCUGGCCCUGCAGGAGGCCAACAGCGGAGUGGUGCGCCUGAGAGCUGGGGACCCCUUCGCUGAGGAGAUGAGCGCUCUGUGGCUGGGCGUGCAGAGUCUGGGCUUCACGCUGGUCUGUGAGCUCCACGAGAACCUGCUGCUGGCCGAGGGAACCCUCCGCAACCUGACCCGACACUGCCUGGAGCACCUGCACAUGCUGGGGCAGGGGAGCGAGGUCCUGCUGAGGAGCACCCGCAUCGACGUUCUGCUCAGCCGCCUGCUUCCUCACGGGCAGCUCCUCUUCCUCAACCACCGCUUCGCCCAGAGUCUGGAGAAGGAGGUGGCGGCCUACAUGGCCAAGUGACCCGUCGCAGGGGCCUAUACGGUGGCCGCCCUUUUCAGGCCGCUUCUGUCGCCUCGCUACAGUCUGACUUCCCCGCAGAGCUCUAUUACUGCUGGCCGUCUCGGCAAGCUUUCCAACGAGCCAGUCGACUCUUGUUUACCUUUGGUGACAUUUCUGCAGCCGUAGAAGAGGGAAAAGACUACUGGCAGCUGCUGUUUCAGAUUGCAUGAGGUGGUAAACAUAGAGUGGUAAAUAUCUCCCUCAGCCACUUGCAGCUCAGUGUUGACUGUUUACUGUGUGGGAGGCUUCAGUUCAAAUCCUGUUUGUCAAACUGAAAACUGGAAAGGAAAAUGUGGCAGAUUAAAGAGUGCAGCCGAAGAGGUCAGUUAGAACCUUCUCAUCAGCAUCAAAGACUGCAGUUUAUCAAAUUCACCGUACUUGAAAUAUCAGAGUGACCUGAGCAACCAGACCUCACCUGUUUUUAUUUUUUUAUUUUUUUCUUGACCAUUCUGAGAGUGUGAAUGAAUCUUGAAGUGCAUGAUUGCCUUAUUGUGACUUCUAACAUUGCUUUUGAAGAGGAGGCGGAAACCAGAAUGGGAUUUUAUUUUAUUUAUUUAUUUAUCCUUUCAGUUCAAGGUAUGAUUCAUACGAAGAAAAAUCAAAGUCGAACCCGUUUAACGUCAUUCUGAACCACAAAAUGACAGAAAUCUUGAGACGCGGAGGACGAGGAAAAAGGCAGGAGGUGACGUGAGAUAUUACAGAACCGCAGUGAAUGAAUGCAGAGAUGUUGGCAUGCGAAAAUGCAGGGACAACACAGGAAGUGAUGACAAGAACAAAAAUGGAAUCAUCCAGACAUAACAAAU